UGUCUCUUCACUUCGCAGAGGAAUGUUUGCUGGGGGAUUGAAGGAGAUGGAGCAGGAAGAGGUCCUGAUCCACGGCGUGUCCUACAACGCCAUGUGCCAGAUCCUGCACUUCAUCUACACCUCGGAGCUGGAGCUCAGCCUGGGCAACGUGCAGGAGACGCUGGUGGCCGCCUGACCGCUUCAGAUCCCAGAGAUCAUCCAUUUCUGCUGCGAUUUCCUCAUGUCCUGGGUGGACGAGGACAACAUCCUCGAUGUCUACCGGCUGGCAGAGCUGUUCGACCUGAACCGCCUGACGGAGCAGCUGGACGCCUACAUCCUCAAACACUUUGUGACCUUCUCCCGGACUGACAAGUACCGCCAGCUUCCCCUGGAGAAGGUCUACUCCCUCCUCAGCAGCAACCGCCUGGAGGUCUCCCGCGAGACCGAGGUGUAUGAGGGGGCCCUGCUCUACCACUACACCCCGGAGCAGGUGCAGGCCGACCAGAUCUCGCUGCACGAGCCCCCCAAGCUCCUGGAGACGGUACGCUUCCCCCUGAUGGAAGCCGAGGUCCUGCAGCGGCUGCACGACAAGCUGGACCCCAGCCCGCUGAGGGACACCGUGGCCAGCGCCCUCAUGUACCACCGGAACGAGAGCCUGCAGCCCAGCCUGCAGGGCCCGCACACGGAGCUGCGGUCGGACUUCCAGUGCGUCGUGGGCUUCGGGGGCAUCCACUCGACACCAUCCACCGUUCUCAGCGAUCAGGCCAAGUACCUGAACCCCCUGCUGGGGGAGUGGAAGCACUUCACCGCCUCCCUGGCGCCCCGCAUGUCCAACCAGGGCAUCGCGGUGCUCAACAACUUCGUGUACCUGAUCGGAGGGGACAACAACGUCCAGGGGUUCCGAGCCGAGUCCCGGUGUUGGAGGUACGACCCCCGGCACAACCGCUGGUUCCAGAUCCAGUCGCUGCAGCAGGAGCACGCCGACCUGUGUGUGUGCGUCGUGGGCAGGUACAUCUACGCCGUGGCCGGCCGCGACUACCACAACGACCUGAACGCCGUGGAGCGCUACGACCCCGCCACCAACUCCUGGGCCUACGUGGCACCGCUGAAAAGAGAGGUGUACGCCCACGCAGGUGCCACCCUGGAAGGGAAGAUGUACAUUACCUGCGGCCGCAGAGGGGAGGACUACCUCAAGGAGACGCACUGCUACGACCCGGGGAGCAACGCCUGGCACACACUGGCCGACGGGCCCGUGCGGCGUGCCUGGCACGGCAUGGCCACCCUCCGCGACAAGCUGUACGUGAUCGGGGGCAGCAACAACGAUGCCGACCACCGGAGGGACGUGCACCAGGUGGCCUGCUACAGCUGCACCUCUGGGCAGUGGUCCUCGGUCUGCCCGCUCCCGGCCGGGCACGGCGAGCCUGGCAUCGCCGUGCUGGACAGCAGGAUCUACGUGCUGGGGGGCCGCUCCCACAACCGCGGCAGCCGCACGGGCUACGUGCACAUCUACGACGUGGAGAAGGACUGCUGGGAGGAGGGGCCCCAGCUGGACAACUCCAUCUCGGGCCUGGCGGCCUGCGUGCUCACGCUGCCCCGCUCCCUGCUCCUCGAGCAGUCCCGCGGGACCCCCGACCGCAGCCAAGCCGACCCGGACUUUGCCUCUGAGGUGAUGAGCGUGUCGGACUGGGAGGAGUUUGACAACUCCAGCGAGGACUAGGGCUCCUGGCGCCUGGCAUCGAGGGAGGGCGGCCAGGGCUGCGGGGUAGCGAGGCCCAAGGUGGUUUAGCCAGAGCACUUUACUCCGGGGUGCGGGGCCCUUCCCUGCCCGGACGGUCCUUGCCAGCCUGCCGCUGGUGAUUGAGGGCGCAUGCGGAUUCCAGGCUGCGGAUCACGUGGCGGUGGCCACUGUCUGAAAGGCCCUGGUCCCUUAAGGAGCUGACCAGCCGUGUCCUCUGGGUGAGCCCCGGAGUGCUUGUGUCACCAGCUGUCUUGGCCUUCCCAUUGCUCCCCCAGAUCCGGUCCCUGCUGGGCUGAGAAGGUCUCUUCUCCAAAGGGACCUAGGAACUGGCCACCGGGAGACGGGGCCCAGGGCACAUCGCAGCCCUCCUGGGAACAGGAGGGGCCGGGAGAGCAGCCCCGAGCCUGCCAAGCCUGCCACCCUGCCCUGCAGCCCGGGGCUUGAGCAGCUGAGAGCGCUCCCAAGGGGUGGAGAGGGAGCGGGCAGGGCAGACAGACCUGCCCAGGACUGGUUUUAGUGAUAAACAGAUCCCCUCCCGCUGGGCUUUUCUGACCCCAUGUUGUUGAUAAAUGAAAUAAAGCAUCUUAUAAAAGGC